AUGAUUAAAAUUGUGCAUCAUCUUGUUGUAAAUAAUUUAUUUUCUCAUAACAAGGUGCAAAAGAAGAAGAACCUAUGCCCUCUGGGUUAUUCCUCUCAUGUCCCCUUUUUAAAUGAACACAAUGAACUGAGAAAGAAAGUUUACCGUUUUAAAGUAUUCGUUAAGGAGGAGAAUUUAAGAAACAAUUGUGGCGGGAAAAAUGGGCGAUCUACACACAGAGGUACCAAUAUAGACGAUCAAACAGACAAACAGCUGAGGGAAGCUCAAAAAAAAUACUACUCUAGGGAGACAACGCUCGAAGAGGUGGACAAUCAGCAUGGAAUCAAAGACCGUGGUGAAGAUGAAGAGAGGAAAAAAGGACACCAAAAGGAUGUCCAUUUUGUGAGUGAUAUGGCCCAUGAGGGGGGAACCCUUUCGAAUGGUGACUCCCAAGAGUGUGCACCCGUACCUCCUGAGGGACACGCUGGUAACGGGAAAAGUCUUAGUGGUGACACCACUGAGGGACACGCGGGGUGGGCGAAAGAUUGGGAACGUCAUAUAGGAGAAAUAGCAGCGGAGGAGGAGGGAAAGGGAGCGUUUUGUGACAAGCGAGAAGAUUAUGCAAGCCAAAUGAGAAGCGAAGAAGAGGCACAGCAGGGCGAAGAAUAUGGAGGCGAAAACGGAGGAGAAAAGGGGGAAGAAAAUGCCCAGUCACAUCGAGAAGAACACCCCGACCUGCAUCGCGAACCGCAUCGCGAACCGCAUCGCGAACCGCAUCACGAACGGAAAGGGAAAAAAAAAGACGUCGACCUAAAAAUCAUAAGAAAUCUACCCCUGAUAUCUAUUAUAGGAAGACCGAAUGUUGGGAAGUCGACCAUAUUCAACCGACUAACGAGGAAGUUCCAAGAGGGCAGUAUCGUCUUAGGAGAAAGCAGCACAAGAGAUAAAAUUUAUGGAGAAGUGGAUUGGGAUGGCUACAAAUUUGAAAUGGUGGACACAGGUGGCCUCAUAUUCGAAGAUGAAAAAUUUUGCAAGCAAAUAAGAGAUCAAAUUUUGUUAGCGCUUAACGAGUCUUCAGUCGUGUUGCUCGUCGUUGAUGGGAUAAACGGCGUCCACCCUGUGGAUCUCGAGAUAUGCAGGUUCCUCAGGAAGUACAUUAAAAACGAGUACAUUAGUAAAAUGGGCACUCGGAAGAAGCGGGCCGGACAGAUGAACCAUGAUGAGGCUGGAGAACACCCGAAGGAGGACGCAUCGAAAGGUAGCAGCACAUCGAGGGAUACGCCCGAAGGGCUCGCAGUGGACAACUCUCAAAUGGACACAGCGUCCAGAAGGCCUCACAACGGCGCUGACACGAGGAACGUAGAAAGGGAAGAAGAGGAAGAAGGAGUAGAAGAAGAAGCAGUAGAAGAAGAAGAAGAAGCAGUAGAAGAAGAAGAAGAAGAAGCAGUAGAAGAAGAAGAAGGAGCAGUAGAAGAAGAAGAAGAAGAAGAAGAAGAAGAGGAGGAGGAAGACGAAACUGCUGGGCUGAAGAAAGCGAUGCUAAAAGUCAUCGUAUGCGUCAACAAGUGCGAGUCGUACAAAGAUGGAAUCGUGAAGGCGCAAAACUUCUGGGAAUUAGGGUUCGGGGCGCCCUAUCCCUGCAGUGGGAUCCAUGGAAAUGGGCUGACCGAAAUUUUAGACGAGUGCAUCAAGUAUAUAAAAAAAGUGGAGAUAAACGAAAUGGAAGAAGAAAAAAAUGAAGAAAACACCAUAAACAUUAGCUUCAUCGGAAAACCAAACACAGGGAAAUCAAGAACCACUGUUGAUUCGAUUGACGUUUUAGUAAAGAUUAAAGACAGUGAUAGAAUUUACAGACUGAUUGACACGGCUGGAAUACAAAAAAGGAAAAAAAAUGUCCCCUUUAAUGAAAAAACGAAAUAUGAAUACUUACUAUUCAACAGAACUGAGAAAGCUAUCAAACGUAGUGACGUCUGCAUCCUCGUCAUUGACUCCUUUAAUGGAAUCAGCUCACAAGAUAUAAAUAUAGCAAGAAAAAUUGUGCAGGAAAAUAAAAGCUGUAUAAUUUGCUGCAACAAAUGGGAUCUAAUAUAUAACAAAAAUGACAUUUUUAAUGACACCAAAAAUUAUGUUCUUAAUCUUUUAAAGCCAAUUGAUUUUGCCAACAUUUUGUUCAUAUCUGCAAAGACGUCGCAAAGGUUGCUUAACAUAUUCGAUCAUGCCGAAGAGACGUAUAAGCAAUACACAAGGAAAAUAAACACGAACAGUUUGAAUGACGUUAUAAAGGAAGCUCUGCUCCUUAGACCUCCAAUUCCCAUCAGGAACAAGUCACUAAACAUUUAUUACGCCUUUCAGGCCCAUAUUAAACCCCCCGGUUUUGUUUUUUUUUGUAAUUCUCAAAAGUGUGCUUACCAAAAUUACACAAAAUAUUUGGAAAGCAGAAUAAGAGAGAGCUUCAACAUAAGGGGCACGCCUAUUAGAAUUUACUACAAGCAGAAGAAAAAAAGAUAUCUUAUUAAGAAGGUCAAGAACCCCGACAAGUAUAACCUAGACAUUGAGGCCAUACAGAGGGACUUUUUAAAGACGCAAUCUGACCAGAAGUCUAAGGGGUGA